AUGGCGCCCAAUCCAUCAGCAUCAUCACCAGCAAAACCCCUCAGAAUCCUCAUGCUCCACGGCUUCACGCAAUCCGGCACCCUCUUCCGCGCAAAGACCGGCGCUCUCACCAAAGCAAUCACAAAGGCAUUCCUGCACAAUGCCUCCUUCUCCUUCCCCACGGGCCCCUUACCACUCAACCCAGCCGACAUACCGGGAUACGUGACACCGGAUAUUAAGCAAAAGGAAAUCCCGGACAUGGAAGCAUUCGGCUGGUGGCGCCGGCCAAGUUCUACCAUCCCACCUAUAGAAUAUACGGGCGUCGAAGACGCAUUCCGCACUGUCGCCCAGACCCUCCGAGACGAGGGCCCGUUUGACGGCGUAAUAGGGUUUUCGCAGGGUGCCAGUCUCGCCUUUGCAGUGACGAGUUUGCUGGAAAACGGGAGGAGGGAAGCAUUCUCUUCUGCUGUUACAGAUAAAGACUACUUCCCAGAACCGUUUAUACCGGAAAAUACGGGCAACCAUCCCCCGCUCAAAUUUUGUAUUGUCUAUAGUGGAUUCAAAUUCGCCGAUAUGCGAUACCGGGCCUUGUACAAUCCGCCCGUGGCGACGCCCAUGCUGCAUGUUAUGGGUACUUUGGAUGCGCUCGUUAGCGAGGCUAUGGGUAGAGAACUGGCGGAGACUUGUGGUGGUGAUUCUGAUGUGAUUUUCCACCCGGGUGGCCAUUUUGUGCCUGGUGGGAAGAGGUAUCUUGAUGUUGCCGUGGGGUUUGUGAGGAUGGCCAUGGACAAGGUGAAUAAAGAAGAUAAUAAAAAGGAGGAAGAAGAGAGGGUGGAGGAUAUGGAUGUGCCAUUCUGA